AUGACGUGCGGGUGCACGUGCAGCGGCAGCACGCCUGGCGCACUGCGCAAGGGUUCUCAGCGUUACGUACCGAUGACUUGCGGGUGCACGUGCAGCAGCAGCACGCCUGGCGCACUGCGCAAGGGUUCUCGGCGUUACGUACCGAUGACGUGCGGGUGCACGUGCAGCGGCAGCACGCCUGACGCACUGCGCAAGGGUUCUCAGCGUUACGUACCGAUGACGUGCGGGUGCGCGUGCAGCGGCGCGGCGGCGCGCGACAGUAGUGCGACGCAGCGACAGCACGCCUGGCGCAUGAGCUCUCCACCCAGACCGCGAAACUGCUGCCGCGCGCGCAGUCUGCCCACCAGCUCGCGCACUGCUCGCCAUACCUCCUCCGAUAUUGCACUGCCUGCCUUUCUGCCUGAUGAAAUUAAAGUUUUUAGUUGUAUGGAUGAAAUAAACGAUGUUGAAGUAAUCAUGUCUUUUGAAGUGAAAAUUUCUUUAGAAGCCCGAUGA